AUGUCGAACAAUAUCGUGAUGCCAUCUGAGGAAAGUACGUUCAAAUCAUAUACCCCGGCAUUGGCCAAAGCCUACGCAGCUAGUCGAGGAUCCUACCAUGAGAACCUGUUCAAGGUCAUACUCGAUAAUCACAGAUCAACUGGAGGAGCCAUGCAAGUCCUAUUAGACGUGGGCUGUGGUCCUGGCAACUCGACAAGGCCGUUGGCCAGGCACUUUGGCAGCGCUUUUGGCAUCGACCCAAGCCCAGAGAUGAUCAACACCGCGAAGAAUUUCAGCGCCGAGUCCCCGGAAGAAACAGCCAGUGGCAAGAAUAUAACCUUCUGUGUCGGCAGGGCAGAGGACAUGAAUGGUCCGUUUCGAAAGCCGGGGCAAGGGGUAGAUCUUUUGACGUCCGGGAUGGCGGUACAUUGGUUCGACAUGCCACGAUUCUGGUCUUCUGCUGCUGCUUGCCUCAAGCCCGGUGCCACCGUAGCUUUGUGGACAGCACCUUCACGGUAUUGCCAUCCCUCCACUCCAAACGCUGCCAAGGUUCAGGAGGCAAUGUCCCGUCUAGAGCGCGAGAACCUGGCUUCGUACGAGCUGCCAGGCAACCGCCUCGCCCGUGACUCUUAUGACCACCUUCUUCUUCCAUGGAAUUGCAUUCCUCCCGUCGACGGUUUCUUAGAGAGUGGUUUCACAAGGCUCGAAUGGGACCGCGAUGGGAAGCUCUCUGACCCUGAACACUUCUUUCUGGGAGACAAGGCAGUCACGAUCGAGAGGAUGCAGGAGAUGUUGAGUACUUCUAGUAUGGUGACAAGAUGGAGAGAGACGCAUCCUCAACUGGCUGGAACCGAACACGACGUUGUGGUGAAGAUGGCGCGGGAGAUGAGGGAGACUCUGGGAGGGGAAGAGUUGGUCAUUGGCCGGAGCUGCGUGUUACUCUUGUUUAAAAAGACCGGCGUAUAG